GGGAGUAGAGCCGCGGUUGCCUGGAGACCGGGUGGGGUUAAAGACGCUCAGCUGCAGGGCACCUCCUUCGCCCUGCGGAACCCGCCCUGCAGGGGCAUCCGGAGCCUGCUAAAACUCAGAUGCAUUGAAAUAACUCAACCAAAGGAAUCCUUUGCUGCUUCUGCAUAUAAAGUAAACUCAAGGUCUUCUGAAGGCAAUGGUGAAAGAAAAGAAAAAGGCAGAAAAGAGAGGCGAUAAACCCACUCCCUCCUCUCUCUCUGACUACCCAGAGUUUUCCAAACAAGAUAGCAAUGCUGUUGGGCAAGAAAUGACACCGAGUGCCGACCCACCACUGGAAACGAAGCUCAAGGAGUCCAGAAACGAAAACCAGCAGAAUGAAAACGCCACUCAAUACGAAGAGCCCGUUCUGACCAAACUCAUAGUUGAAAGCUAUGAAGGAGCAAAAGUCCGUGGACUGUACGAGGGCGAAGGCUUUGCCAUCUUUCGGGGAGGUUGUACCUACCGUGGCAUGUUUUCAGAAGGACUCAUGCACGGACAAGGGACUUACGUUUGGGCCGAUGGACUGAAGUAUGAGGGGGACUUUGUGAAGAACAUUCCCAUGAACUACGGUGUGUACACAUGGCCGGACGGCAGCACCUAUGAAGGAGAAGUGCACAACGGCAUGAGGAACGGUUAUGGCAUGUUCAAGUGCAGCACGCAGCCCAUGUCUUACAUCGGCCACUGGUGCCACGGCAAGAGGCAUGGGAAGGGCUCCAUCUAUUAUAACCAAGAGGGCACCUCUUGGUAUGAGGGAGACUGGGUACAAAACAUCAAGACAGGCUGGGGCAUAAGAUGUUACAAAUCAGGAAACAUAUAUGAAGGUCAGUGGGACAACAACAUGCGCCAUGGGGAAGGCAGGAUGAGAUGGCUGACCAGUAAUGAAGAGUACACAGGCCAGUGGGACCGGGGGGUCCAGAAUGGCUUUGGAACACACACAUGGUUUCUAAAGAGAAUCCCAACCUCCCAGUAUCCUUUGAGAAAUGAAUACAUAGGAGACUUUGUAAACGGAUACCGUCACGGCUGUGGGAAGUUCUGCUAUGCCAGUGGAGCCCUGUAUGAGGGAGGAUGGGUUUCCAAUAAAAAACACGGCCUGGGCCGAUUAACCUUCAAGAACGGGCGGGUGUACGAGGGCCCAUUUACCAAUGAUCACAUGGCACAGUUUCCAGACCUUGAAAUGGAAUUUUUGAGCUCCCUGGAUCUGUCUUCAGAAUCAGUCCACUGGUGCCAGUACCGUGGAUCGUCCAUCAGUGCUGAAAUUAUGAGGAAGCUUGAUGGCAGUGAGAGCAAAUCUGUGUUAGGAUCAAGCAUUGAGCUGGAUCUGGGUAUGUUGCUGAAUAUGUACCCUGAGAAAGACCAACCAGAAGAAAAGAAGCAGGUAGAAUAUGCUGUCCUAAGAAAUAUCACCGAAUUAAGAAGAAUCUAUAGCUUUUACAGCAGCCUGGGUUGUGACCACUCUUUGGAUAAUACUUUUUUGAUGACAAAGCUUCAUUUCUGGAGAUUUCUAAAAGAUUGCAAAUUUCAUCACCAUAAGAUCUCGCUGGCUGACAUGGACAGGGUGUUAAGUACCAGUAAUAACGUGCCAGUUGAAGAAAUUCACUCUCCAUUUACAACGAUACUUUUGAGAACAUUUUUGAAUUAUCUCCUGCGUCUGGCUUACCACAUUCAUCACAAAGAAUACCAAGACAGAAGCCCGUCGCUCUUUCUGUGUUUUACAAAACUAAUGACUGAGAACAUCCAUCCAAAUGCCUGCCGUGUAAGAGGCAAUUUAUUCAGCGGGCAGCAGCAGACUCUCUAUUCAAUGAACUACGUUGAUAAGUGCUGGGAGAUUUAUAUAACUUACUGCAGGCCAAAUGCUGCUCCUCCCCAUGAGCUGACCAUGAACAUGAGACACUUCCUCUGGAUGUUGAAGGACUUUAAGAUGAUAAAUAAAGAAUUAACAGCAACCAAAUUUGUGGAAGUCCUAGCAGAGGACAACCCUUUCAUACAUGAUGGAAUUGACAGCAACUUGGAGCUUGAGCUGGUUUUCCUGGAAUUCUUUGAAGCUCUCCUAAGUUUUGCAUUCAUUUCUGUUACUGAUAAAAUGACGAUGUCCUAUUCAAAUAUUUUAAAUGAGCAUCUGUCUAGUAAGAGAAUUGGGAGCACAUAUAUGAUGAAUCAGAACACCCAGAACAGGAGUUCGAGUGUAGGAACAAGUCAGGGCUCUGAUAUCCACUAUGGCAGCUCCAAGUACUCUUUAUACAAGUUUGAUAUCAGCAAAAUGACGAAGUCAGAGAUCAAGAAGUGUUUAAGUGAUGAAAAGAUUUCCAAGAUGAAUUAUAAAUCAGCAGGAAGAGGGCUAGACUUUUAUUUAUCUCAAAAAGAGAAAAAAGAAAAACUCAAGUAUCAGCAAAAGGAAAAACUCAACAUGUGGAUCAGUAAUAUGUACAUCUUUUUUGUGAAUAUACUCUUCCAAGCACAUAAACAUGAAGAAAUACUCAAGGAGAAAAUACAGGAAGACAGGCUACGGAUUGCAGCGAUGGCCCAACAGAAGAAAAUUGAAAAUGAUGAACUGGAAGAAAGGCUGAAUAACCUGAGAGAGGAAGAGGCCAGAAGGCAAGACUGUGAGCUCGACAUCACUAUGUUCAAGGAGCCGGUGAAUGUCUUGUCUUCAACUUUCACACUGAGCCCCCCGAAAGAGGAAACAGUGGUGUCCCAACCCAGCAAGCCUGUCUCAAUCAGGAAAAAGAAAAAGUAGAGGUUACUGGGUCUGUCAUUGAGCCACAAGUACAAGCUGAUGUAAAAAGUCUAGAACUAUAACAAUUUUCCUGGUUAAUAAAAUUGUUUUCAUUUGACUUCUUAGUGUUUUUGAAACACCACUAUGUGGGCUCACUGCUUUCAAGGUUCUUCUGUGGUUGGGUCACUGAAAUGCUUAUGUUCUGAAAACUGAGCUGAAUGAAAAUAAAUGAAUAUGCAUAU